GCCGAGUUGUUUUGUUUAGAUGACUUUUUAAGUGGUACUAGAGCUAGCUUUGAUAUAUAGUUGAAUUUGUGUAUGUUCUGAAUCACGUUAAACCCAAACAUUCAAUGUUGAUAUGAGCACAUGCACGGUGCACAUCUACGCACGCUACCUUCAGGUCCAUUAGUUAACUUUUGUUUGAUGGAACGCCUAUGUAUAAGAAAAUAAUAUAAGAUUCGUGCUUAAAAGUUAAACCAUUGCUCCUAAUAAUUCUCGACUCGACUUGAAGUGGGAACAAACUCAUUCUUAAAACAACUUGCAUCAAACUAUAUAUCCAGAAAACACUAUGUUGAGACCCGUCAGUUUUCAUUAGUAGGGUUGUUGCUGGAUUUGCGCAAAACCUGCAUGGAUUUGCUUUGAGACACCUUCCCGUAAAGCUAAGGUCCCGUACUAAGAAAACUAGGUAAACACAAGGUCCCGUACUAAGAAAACUAGGUAAACACGUACAUACAAGGCACAAGGGUCAUUUUCCUUUUAUUCUCGAUGUGAUAUUUAGAUAAUACCUAACACACUCAUAUUACUCAUCUUCAAGCCUAUGGAUCGACAUUGUUUGUAAAAUUGGAGACUAGGGUUACUUGAAGACUAGACUUCCCAUCAUGUGAACUCUCAUCGCAUGCCCUACAGAUUACAAGUAAACUUUCAAGUCCCUUUUCCCUCUACACAAAGAAAUGAUACAUAAAUUUUGGCAACAAAGCAAACGAAACCAUACCCAACCCACUAGCUAGGCAAGAACACCACCACAAGUCCACAACGACUAUAUAUAGAUGGAUCGAAGCUCUAUUCUCUUUUACAUCGUUCAGCUUUUCUGGUACACUUUUUUACUGGCUGCAUAUCACUGUAUAUCAGCACUUUUUUCUCCCAGUCCUCAGUAAUUAUUGAUGGUUGACGUAAAAACAAGGGCAUGCAAAAGCUAGGAGGGAAAAGGGCAUGCUCUUCGACUCGAAAUCCUGGUUCAUUGCCUUUCCAAUCUCCUCGUUUGCUGUUUCAGUUUUGUCCCCUUUCUCUUGUUAUUUACUAGCCUAGAUUCCGAUUCUGGGUUGCUUUCUCCACGCCAUCUUCAUAUACGUACUUGCAAUCUUGUACACUCACGGGUGGAAAUGGUUAAUCUUGUAGCUAUGAAUGAUGCAAUGUAAAUGUGGUUUGUUUAUGCCUGGUGAUGCAUAUGAAUUAUUGAUUAAUUAUGUUAGUCAUAUACAGGCUGUAGCUAAGCUAGAUAGGUUGUGGUAAGCAUAUUGUAAAGUUUAUACAUACAAACCGUACUGACGGUCCAAGCGGGAACCUCCUAUCACAUUAUAAACCGAUAGACGAUUUUUAGUGGUGUGAACUUGUUGAACUAUGAUAUUGUUAACUUUUUCGUUAUAAUCUCUCUUAUGGGGUUCCAAUACUUGGAACAUGCAUGUGAACGUUAAUCAUGAUCAUAGCCUCGUGGGGUUGAUUAGUUGCCCCACGGUGAGCUAUAACUUGGAUCUGAUUAAACCUAUUCAUGUCUUUGUUUAGCAAUAAUUCACUAUUCUAAUUCCCUUUCACCCAUUAACCACUACCCGUGAAUUGGGUUCUAGCUUAUCUAUCCUCUAGCCUUGUUGCGUGCAUGUAUGGCUAAUUGGAUAAUCUACACAACGGCUACAUAUAAUUGAGUAAGAAAAUAAAUUAGUUAGUGGGAAUGAACUCUCAAUUUUGGGUGGAUCUAUAUAUGUUAGUAUAAAACUAGACUUUGAUGAUCAUCUAGGUAGAUGUGUUUCCUUUCUAUCCAAAUCACAAAUAGUUUAAAAAAAAAGAGAGUAAGCGACUGCCCAUACCUAAUUGGUUACUUCCAAUUACGUAAAUCAAUAGUUCAAACCGCACUCAAAGGUAGGGCAUUUCCCAUUUUUAUAGGAACUUCUGUACAAGAAAUAAUGAUAUCUCCAAUUGUAGCCCCUCUGGGAUGUAAAAUAUAUCUCUUCUCACCAUCCCCAUAGUGUACGAGACAAAUGUAUGCAUUUCGAUUAGGGUCGUAUUCUAUGGUUACAAUUCUACCAUAUACUUUGAUGAUCAUCUAGGUAGAUGUGAGCUCGAAGCAACAAAAUUAUGUUAGUAUGUGGUAUAAGAGUUAUUAUUAACCUCUACUAACAACUCGAGUUACCAGCUUGUUCUUGGUAUAGUGACAAAAUCUUCAGUGAAUGGGAGGUCUUUGUUCAAAUUCCGAUAAUUCUCAUUGAUAAGGAUGUGGUGUUGAUAUUUGUGCAAACUUGAAGCUCAUAUGAGUAGCUCUCAUUUGAGGGGUACAUGUUAGUAUGUGGGUUAAGUUUGGAUUGCAACUUGCUCAUCAAAUCCAACUUAUGCACCCAAUCCUAGUGAUGGAUUUCCUCACUAGAACGAGAGAUGCAGAUGAUAUCCCACUGAAAUAGGCAUUCUAUGUCGGAGUAUCCAACGAUACUUGUCGGAAAUGGGUAUGGGGACAGGGAUAGCACUCAUCGUGAAGCAAACGUCGUGGCACACCUCAUGGCCCACAUGUAAUUUUGAUGGAGUCGUCGCAUAAUCUGGACAUGUAGAUCCUCUGUGUUUUUUUUAUCGAUAAGAAGUUGAAUGAUGUAGCACCUAUUUCUUAUUAGUAAAAGGUGACAAUUUAACGAUGAGAAACAAUACUCUAUUCAUCAAAUUUUACAUUUUAAUAACCGAUGUAUUUAUUUGGUAUAGCCUAACAACUAGAAUUAAUCCAUGCGUUAAAUUAUCCAUGAGAAAUUGCAAUUUAUCAUUAAGUUUUUUUUGGUACAUAGGGCCAAAAGCCCAAAACAAAGAGGAUUCGGACUAGGAGAAAAGUAAAGGCCGAACCCAUGAUUCAAAAAAGCACAUGAUAUCUAAUGGACCAAAGCCCAGUAGCCUAGUCCACAUGGCAAUCCGUGUCGCUCAUAUAGGAACUAAUCUCAACCGCUCAUAAUCCAAGCAACCGACGGUAGAGAUAGAGUUAUAAAACUACUGGACCGAGAGAAAGGAAAAACUCCCAUUGGUUGAAACAUGAAACUGGAACACAUCACGCGGAUCGCCAUCUCGGGCCGUUCAAUCAUCUCCCCAAUCAACGGCAUAGAUUUAAUCUAACACUUCUGGCGGAACCCACGAAAUUUUUCAAAAUUUCCCUCCUCCGUCUCCCCUGAAAACCUUCUCCCUAUAUAUAGCCCAAAUCCGCCAUUUCCAAAAACCUCCAUCUCAAACCAAUUCACUUUCAUCAAUCCUCUCUCGCAAAACACAGAUCUAACUUCUCUUUUCCCUAAAAAAAAUGGCCCGCACCAAACAGACGGCGAGGAAGUCCACCGGCGGCAAGGCCCCGAGGAAGCAGCUGGCGACCAAGGCGGCACGCAAGUCUGCCCCGGCGACCGGAGGAGUGAAGAAGCCUCACCGAUUCAGGCCCGGAACCGUGGCCCUGAGGGAGAUCCGCAAGUAUCAGAAGAGCACCGAGCUUCUGAUCCGGAAGCUUCCGUUCCAGAGGCUUGUGAGGGAAAUCGCUCAGGAUUUCAAGACGGAUCUGAGGUUCCAGAGCAGCGCCGUGUCGGCUCUCCAGGAGGCCGCUGAGGCGUACUUGGUCGGACUGUUCGAGGACACCAACCUCUGCGCGAUCCACGCCAAGAGGGUUACCAUCAUGCCUAAGGAUAUCCAGCUUGCCAGGAGGAUUCGGGGCGAGAGGGCUUAAACAGAGGGUAGUUUGUUCGAAUGGGUUUUUCUAUGUCUGGUUGUUUAAGGGUUGUUGCCUAAUGCAAUUCUGAUUGUGAUUUUGGUUAUGUAUUUGCUGGGAUUCAGAAUUCCAGUGUUUAGAUUUAGGGUUUUCUGAAGGGUUGUAAAUCUAUUAUGUUAUGAUUAAUCCGAGAUGGCUACUCAUAUCUUGCCUAGUCCACAUAGUGAAAGUGAUUCUUUCUCUAGUUCGCCCUUAAUUAGCCGUCGAAUUUGAGGUAAAGGCAGAAACUUUUUCACAAGUUCUCAGUAGUCAGUACGCAGACAAGAAGACAAGUGUAUGGAGAAUGAAUACUUGUUUAAGGA